AUGGGCAGAGCUCUGACAAACACCCUGGUGCUGUCCAUGGUGCUGGGCAGUUCAGCUGUCCUAAUGGAUACUUUGUCACCAAGCCCUGGGGAACCUGUGGUAAAUGUAGCUGUGGUUUUUGGAGGCUCUUCAUACCCUCUCCACAUACGCAGUCGGCUGACACAACAGAGCUUCCUGGACAUCCCACUGGAGAUCCACCCUGUCACAGUGGUAGUGAAUGACACCAACCCAAGCACUCUCUUGACUCAGAUCUGUGACAUACUUGCCAACACGAAGGUCCAUGGGAUUGUCUUUGAGGACAACAUUGGUACAGAGGCCGUGGCACAGAUCCUUGAUUUCAUCUCAUCCCAGACUCAUGUACCUAUCAUCAGCAUCAGUGGAGGAUCAGCUGUGGUCCUGACACCCAAGGAACCCGGUUCUGCAUUUCUACAGUUGGGUGCCUCAAUCGAACAGCAGAUUCAGGUGAUCUUCAAAGUCUUGGAGGAGUAUGAUUGGAGCUCCUUUGUUGUUAUCACCAGCCUAUACCCAGGAUACAAUGUCUUUCUGGAUGUGAUACAGUCCUUCACCGAUGCCAGCUAUUUUGGCUGGGAGAUGCAUGAACCCCUGACCUUUGAGAUGACUCAGGAUGGAAGUGAUACUAGAAUGCAGAGAUUGCUGCGUCAGAUAGAUGCUCAGGUGAUGAUUGUGUACUGCUCAAGGGAGGAGGCAGAAUAUCUCUUCCAAGUGGCAGAGCAGGUCGGCUUGAUUGGACCUGGCUAUGUCUGGAUUGUGCCUAGCUUGACGGUGGGGAGCAUGGAUGUCCCACCUGACUCCUUUCCUAUUGGCCUCAUCAGUGUGGUCACCGAGAACUGGAAAAUGAGCCUAAGGCAGAAAGUCCAGGAUGGCGUGGCUAUCAUUGCCCUGGGAGCAGAGAGCUAUUUCAAGACCUAUGGCUAUCUCCCGAUGGUGGGCAGAGACUGCAAGACACCGCCCAGUGCUCCCACAAACAACACUUUCUACAGGCAUUUGCUCAACGUGACUUGGGAGCAGAGAGAUUUCUCCUUCAAUGAAGGCGGCUACUUGAUCAGGCCUACCAUGGUGGUGAUUUCGCUGAACCGGCAUCGGCUCUGGAAGAUGGUGGGAAAAUGGGAGAAGGGGAUCAUCCAGAUGAACUAUCCAGUGUGGCCACGCUAUGGAUCUUUCCUGCAACCUAUGGCAGACAAUCGUCACCUCACAGUGGCUACCCUUGAGGAGAGGCCCUUUGUGAUUGUGGAGAACACAGACCCAAACACAGGAGUGUGCAUCCGCAAUACUGUCCCCUGUCGGAAGCAGACCAACUACACUGAGAGUGGCGACGACCCACCCUAUACCAAACUCUGCUGCAAAGGCUUUUGCAUUGAUAUUUUAAAGAAGUUGGCCAAGACAGUGAAGUUCUCCUAUGACCUCUACCUGGUGACAAAUGGAAAACAUGGAAAAAUAGUGGAUGGUUUUUGGAAUGGCAUGAUUGGUGAGGUGUAUUACAAGCGAGCAGACAUGGCCAUUGGAUCCCUUACCAUCAAUGAGGAACGCUCACAAAUAGUAGAUUUCUCCGUGCCCUUUGUGGAGACUGGCAUCAGCGUUAUGGUGGCAAGAAGCAAUGGGACUGUCUCACCCUCUGCUUUUUUAGAACCCUACAGCCCAGCCGUGUGGGUGAUGAUGUUUGUGAUGUGUCUCACUGUGGUUGCCAUCACAGUCUUCAUGUUUGAAUAUUUUAGCCCUGUUGGCUACAACCAGAAUUUAACCAGUGGCAAAAAAUCUGGAGGCCCUUCUUUCACUAUUGGCAAGUCAGUCUGGCUGCUCUGGGCGCUGGUCUUCAACAAUUCGGUGCCCAUUGAAAACCCCAAAGGCACUACUAGUAAAAUCAUGGUACUCAUCUGGGCUUUCUUUGCCGUCAUCUUCCUGGCCAGCUAUACAGCCAAUCUGGCAGCGUUCAUGAUCCAGGAGCAAUAUAUUGACACAGUCUCUGGACUGAGUGAUAAGAAGUUCCAGAGGCCCCAAGAGCAGUAUCCCCCAUUCCGGUUUGGAACGGUUCCCAAUGGUAGCACAGAGCGGAACAUUCGGAGCAACUACCAUGACAUGCACACCCACAUGGUGAAAUACAACCAGCGCUCCGUGGAGGAUGCCCUGAUCAGUCUCAAGAUGGGGAAGCUGGAUGCUUUUAUAUAUGAUGCCGCGGUGCUCAAUUACAUGGCUGGCAAGGAUGAGGGUUGCAAGCUGGUGACCAUUGGCAGUGGAAAAGUCUUUGCCACGACAGGCUACGGCAUCGCCCUCCAGAAGGAUUCCAAGUGGAAGAGGGCAAUCGAUUUAGCCCUUCUGCAGUUCCUGGGAGAUGGGGAAACCCAGAAAUUGGAAACUGUGUGGUUGUCUGGGAUCUGUCAAAAUGAAAAGAAUGAAGUGAUGAGCAGCAAAUUAGACAUUGACAACAUGGCUGGCGUCUUCUACAUGCUGCUGGUGGCCAUGGGGCUGAGCCUGCUGGUCUUUGCCUGGGAACACCUGGUUUAUUGGAAGCUGCGACAUUCUGUCCCCAAGUCUCACAAGCUCGAUUUCCUUUUGGCUAUAAGCAGGGGCAUCUAUAGCUGUUUUAAUGGAGUCCAGAACCUGGAGAGUCCUGUUCGUGUUCACAAACCCGACGUCACUGCUAACUCUGCUCAAGCCAAUGUGUUGAAAAUGCUGCAGGCUGCCAAAAACAUGGUGUCAACUGCUAGUGUUGGAAACUCUUUAGAAAAUGCUACACGCACCAUUGAGAAUUGGUCAAACCGAAGUGAAAACCUCCAAACAACCUUCUCCUUAAGGACUCCUCAGCUUGUGGUUCAGAAUACUAGUAGUCCUAACAGGCCAGACCAGUUCUCCAAUGCAGCAACAACUGAGAAGCUUGGGAGGCCCAUUACACCGUUACUUCCCAUGCCCCAACAGCCUUUGGUGCCAGCUGGUGAAAUCUGGACAGGGACAAGUGAACAGCCACAGAUACUUCAUCCAGUGAAGUUCCGAGGCAGCUUUUCUGAGGAUAAGGUUCUUCCAGGUUCCACUGUGAACAGCUCCAAACGCUACUUGGGAGUUCCUCCCACCUCAGCAGAAGCAGAAGCUACCCAUGCCUAG